CAGGCAGUCCAAGCUGGUACACUGCAUAGCAGAGGUAGCUAGAGCAACAAAAAAAAAAAAGAAAGAAAUAUCUGUUUGAAUAUACCAAAUCACUGGCUGGUGUAUCAAGCUCAUCACUUCCAAUGGAUUAAAUCAGCAGCUAUUCCGUGCAAGUAUGUCUAGUUGGGUUACAGAAACACCAGAAAAAGUUAACUACACCAAACUGUGUCGGCUUCUUUACGAUGGAGGAACAAUAGCAGCAAGGUCUGUGUUAGAUACAAAGAUUCCUCCUCCCACUUUAGCAACUGAGCUAAACAAUUUCGAACGGACACUACUAAAACUCAAGAAGCCCAAGGGAAGAAUACUGACUCAAAACCAAUGGGACAAACUUUACCCAUCAAGUGGUGCCAUCCCCAAAUCUGAGGACUUCGACAUCACCUUAUUGUUCGUUCUGUUGAGGAACAUUUGUGGACUUACAAAACCACUCACUGGUUGGGACACCCUGCCACCACCGGCAGACAAAACACUAGAGGCAGACCUAGCCAGGAUAAAGUUCUACAGGAAUGAGGUCAUAGCACACAGCUCAAGUGCUGAAAUUGGUAAAGUCCAGUUUGAGGAUUGCUGGAAAGAGAUUUCAUCAGCUCUUGUAUCACUGGGUCUAAAGCAGGAUGACAUCGAUGACUUAAAGUCCUCUCCAAUUGGAACUGAAAACUACAACAACUUAGUUUAUGAAUGGCAUUUGUAUGACAAAGAAAUAAAAGAGCAACUUGAAGAGAUCAAAUCAGACACAAAAGCGAUUAAAUUGGACACAGCAGAGGUGAAGUCAACCGUAACCAACAUCGAGUCAGGUAUUGCAGAUAUUCAAUCCAGGCUACCAUAUUCGACUUCAUUCUCAAAUAUUAAUAACCUUUUUCAUCAUGACUUCAGUAACUUAAUUCGCUCAUUGAGUAAUUCUUAUCAUCCCGAUACACGUCAGUGGAUAUUUGACCGAGUGAAGUCACAUGUGGAAAGCAGAGAGUCAUACCCAAUAAUGGUGAUUCAGGCGGGGCCUGGAAUGGGGAAAUCAGUGGUCACUGCUAAAAUUUGUGAAACAUACAAAGUGCAAGGCANUAAAUGUGUAAUAAACAAAUUAUUACAUGUUAAGAACUCGCUCGUUCGCGAUAUGAUACGGAAAAACUCAUUAAAUCAGCAGCUACUCCGUGCAAGUAUGUCUAGUUGGGUUACAGAAACACCGGAAAAAGUUAACUACACCAAACUCUGUAGGCUUCUUUACGAUGGAGGAACAAAAGCAGCAAGGUCUGUGUUAGAUACAAAGAUUCCUGCUUGUACUUUAGCAACUGAGCUAAACAAAUUCAAACCCAAACUACUUAAUCUGAAGAAGCCCAAGGGAAAAGUACUGAAUCCAAACCAAUGGGAUAAACUUUACCCAUCAAGUGGUGCCAUCCCCAAAUCUGAGGACUUUGACAUCACCUUAUUGUUCGUUCUGUUGAGGAACAUUUGUAAACUUACAAAACCACCCACUGGAUGGGACACCCUGCCACCACCAGCAGAUAAAACACUUGAGGCAGAGCUAAUCAGGAUAAAGUCCUACAGGAAUGAGGUCAUAGCACACAGCUCAGUUGCUGAAAUUGGUGAUGUCCAGUUUGAGGAUUACUGGAAAAAGAUUUCAUCAGCUCUUGUAUCACUGGGUCUAAAGAAGGAUGACAUUGAUGACUUAAAGUCCUCUCCAAUUGGGACUGAAGACUACAACAAGUUAAUUAAUGACUGGCAUUUGCAUGACAAAGAAAUAAAAGUGCAACUUGAAGAGAUUAAAUUCGGCCAAGACAAGCUGAACUCAGCCAUGGAGUCAGGUUUUGCAGAUAUUCAAUCCAGGCUAACAUAUUCGACUUCAUUUUCAAAUAUUAAUAACCUUCGUCAUGAUGACUUCAGUCACUCAAUUGGCUUACUGAGUAAUUCUUAUCAUCCCGAUACACGUCAGUGGAUAUUUGACCAAGUGAAUACACAUGUGAAAAGCAAAGAGUCAUGCCCAAUAAUGGUGAUUCAGGCGGGGCCUGGAAUGGGGAAAUCAGUGGUCGCUGCUAAAAUAUGUGAAACAUACAAAGAGCAAGGCAUUCUUGGUGGUUGCCAUUUCUUUCAACACUACAACUCUCUACAAAACAACCCAAGAUUGAUGUUCCAGUCCAUUGCAAGGCAACUCUGUGACUCAGUUCCUGGUUAUAAAGAAGCUUUGGAGAAAAGACUUAAACCACUUUUUGAAGGAGGGAAUCUCUCAGAUUUAACAUGUGAGGAACUAUUCACUGAAUUAUUUCAACCAUGUUGUAAUAUUACAUCAAUGAACAAUGUACUGAUUGUCAUUGAUGCUCUUGAUGAAUGUUGUAAUACUUUGAAAACGGAAUUUUACAAAGUUCUUACAAAUAGAUUUUCUUGCUUGCCACGUUGGUUACGUUUCGUUAUUUCCACAAGACCACCACCAAGUAUGUCUGCAUUGGAGAUGUUCGGCACUGUCAUCGAUAUUGAUCCAGAGGAUGAGCGAAAUAAACGUGAUCUUCAGUGCUUCUUCAGUGACAAAUUGAAAGAACUGAGACAAGUUUCUACUAGUGAAUCUUCCAAUGAAAUUCUUGAACUUGUUCAUUUGACUGAAGGCUUAUUUUUGGUAGCUUUUUUUGUCAUUGAUUUCUUGAAAACUAAAGACAUUACGUCACUACAAGAAGCAUUGGAACACUUUCCCAAAGGCAAAGGAAUCACUUCCGUGUAUGAUGAUUAUUUCUCUAGACUAAGGAAAGAACUCGUACCACGCCUGAAUGAUGAAGUGGGGUUUUUCAAGAUGCUGGAUGCUGUGGUCGCGGCCAAGUUCCCUAUCGAAAUAAAGAUUUUCUACGAAAUCCUUGGCCUUAGCGAGGAGUCUAGAAUACCAAACGGAGAGAGAAAGGAAGCCAUUCACCUUCUGCACCAGUUGUUCCCAGUAGAGGAUGAUCACGUGUCGGUAUUUCAUAAGACUGUCAUUGACUGGCUCACAACUGGAGACCAUGUCUUCAAAGUAAAAGGUGACGGUAGUGGAAUACUUGCUAAGGUUUGCUAUGUAGUCUUGGAAGAUAUAAGGCAAGGUUCUAAAGAACUAAAUGAGCCACUCACUUUGACAGACAGUGAGACGUAUGCCUUGGAGUAUGGACUUGGUUGCAUGAGUAAAGAGAAAAGGCUGGAAACCGAGACAAACUGUUUUGUGUUCUGCUCACAAACAUUGAAUGUUGCUAGAAGAAUUUAUGAAAGUAAAGGACAAAACGUUUUACAACCGCAUCAUUUGUCAUCUCGUUAUAACAACUUUGAACAAUCUCUUUCUGAAGAGCUUAGGGAUGUUUAUAACCAAGUUCUCGAAACUUUUCAGGAAUAUCACGAUAAACAUCAAUCAAGUUGCCGUUUCCAUAAUCUUCCAAACUUUGGUCAAUGUUUGGCGUUCGCUCUUCAGGCUUUUAACCUGUUAAAAAUAGAUCAAAUAACACCAAAGCCUCGUGCUCUCCUCGAUGAAAGAAAACUUCCAUACCUUGAACGAAAUGAGUUGYUCAGAGAAGAGUGGGUAACUGAUCCUGAUUCUACAGAGUUCCUAGUUGCUAAUGAUAGAUUCUUGCUUGUAAAGUAUUUGGACCAACAAACCUUAGUACAGCAAUACCAGCUUGAUGGGACGCGGCUUGUCAACGAAGAAAGAUUUGAGGGGAAGAAGAAGAUACUCAUGUCUCCUGGCUAUGARUUUGUUGYUGUUACRCCAGUACGUGCAAGWGRMAACAUCGAUAUCUUUGAUGCUACAACUCUACGAAAACGCACAAGCUUUAAGCCACCAAAUGUGAUAAGAUCAUGUCAUGUAUUUGGUAACAGUCAGUCCUGGUUCAUCGUUACAAGAUGCUUCAACAAUAAGAUAUAUAUAAUGAAAGGAGAAACAGGCGAAGAGGUUGGUCAUCCUAUUGUUGUGCAACAAGACGACGAGAUUCUGGCUGUCAGCAAUGUUGGUCAUAUUCUGUUAGAAAGAACUUGUGAUUCGCUUYAURCAGGAAGGAUUGUGGAACAUUGUUUUACUGAUGAAGAUGAAACCUUUCUUGUCCAAAUGAUAUGGACUGGCAAGCUACGUGUAACUUCUGAUAAUCGAAGUUAUAAUGGCGUUUUCUCCCCGGAUUUAUCCGAAUCAUCAUUUCCAGUCUCAUAUUAUACAACUCGAGAACUGUUUCUCUGUGAUUACAAUAAAGUGGACCAGAAAAUCCCUAUCUACGCACGAUUACCAGCUUCUGUUUGCAGAUGUGAAGAGCUUCAACCUUUAAGACGCAAAGCUGUGGAAUUAUUGGAAUUCUUUGGCCAACCAGUGUGUUUUUCUGAUGAAGGAAAUCUCUUAGCUUUCUAUUACGGUGGUUUCAUAACAAUUGUACACACAUCCGAUGGUUCUUUAUACSAAUGCAUUGAUACACGUCCAUAUCCAGCGACCCGUAUCAUAAACAUCUUAUUCCUGUCGCAGGACAGAAUUUUCCUACAAGAUGACAGGAAAAUCUUUCUUUUCAAGAUUGGAACAGGAAGAGAAAUUGUUCUGGAACACAUGCUCUUUCUUCAACCUGACACCAAGUUUUGUUGGUUAUCAAGCACCAUCAGUCAAGAAAACAUGAAAACCAUUUUAUAUGCGAAAAGAGCAUAUGGCCAGUUUUUAGAGUGUGAUAGAGCUAAGUACCGUUACUUUGAAAAGUAUGAAUUUCAUAAUCUGCAUUAG